AUGUCUUUUGCUGUGGGCUCGCUGUGUUUCUUCGACCACCCGCGGGAGUCGUGGGUCGUUGCGCGUGUCACUGCGAAGGAGGCGCGCGGGUAUUCCGUGCGGACGAACGAUCCGGAGCGGCGGUGCGUCGGAGAGGGGUUUGACGGAGUGGCGGAGACCCUCUUGGCCGCCUGCCGCGAAGAUCUGCUGGACGAGAUGCCGGACGACCUGCUGGCGCUCACGGUGCUGCACGACGGCCCGCUGCUGCGCUGUCUGUACUUGCGCUACUUUCGUGACGUGAUCUACACCAACAUCGGCGCCAUUGUGGUGGCGAUCAACCCCUUCAACUUCGCCAUUCCCUGGUACCAGGACCACAACAUGCGCCGCUACCUGCAGGAGGGCCCCGUGAUCGAGAAGAGCCUGCCUCACUCGUGGGCGCAGGCGCACAACACGUACUACGACAUGGUCUCCGACCGCGUGGACCAGUGCAUCCUUGUCUCCGGCGAGUCCGGCGCGGGGAAGACGGAGGCGACGAAGAUUGUGAUGAAGUACCUCGCGCAGGUCUCGUGCUUGGAGGCCACCGAGGCGGAGCGGGCGGCGAGCCUGCAGGUGGGGGCGAAGCUGGAAGCCUGCUCGCCCAUAUUGGAGUGUUUCGGGAACGCCCGAACCGUGCGCAACGACAACAGCUCCCGCUUCGGUAAGUUCGUCAAGGUGAAGUUUAACUCGAAGGCCCAGCUCGUCGGUGCAGAGACGACAAAGUACCUGCUGGAGAAGUCUCGGAUCGUCACCGCGGCGGAGAACGAGCGGGUGUACCACAGCUUCUACCUGCUGGUGCGUGGGGCGAUGCGCGAGGGGCUGGGGCUGGCGAGCGAGGCCGCGUACAGGAGCUUGAACGCAGGGGGGUGCCUGGAAAACUCGGAGUACGACACGGCCGCCGAUUACGACGACGUCGUGGGCGCCAUGCGGAGGAUUGGGAUGCGGGAGGCGGAGGUUCGCUCCGUCUGGGCGUGCGUCGGCGGCAUUCUUUCCUUGCUGAACGUCGCCUUUGACGCGGACGGCGAGGGGGCGCAGGUGCGGCAGAGCACCGAAAAGUACUUGAGGGACGCCGUGCGUCUCUGGCGCGUUGACGAGGCGACGCUGCGAAAGGAGAUGGUAACCACGACGCUGUUGGUGCAGCGGACCGAAACCGUCAAGCUGCUGCGCCCAACGCUGGCGGUCGACGCACGCGACGCCCUCGUGAAGUCCCUCUACGACGGCCUCUUUGGCUGGCUGGUGGAUAAGUGCAAUCAGAUGUGCGACGUUGCCGCCGCAGGGAACUGGAUUGGCCUCUUGGACAUCUUUGGGUUUGAGGACUUUAAGAAAAACAGCUUUGAGCAGCUCUGCAUCAACCUGACGAACGAGACCCUGCAGAAUCACUACAACAAGUACAUUUUUGAGAGGGACAUGGACGAGUGCCGCGAGGAGGGCAUCGACGUCACCGCGGUGACGUGCCCGGACAACGCGCCGUGCUUGCGGCUGAUCGUCGGCAAGGGCGGCAUUCUUGCCCUGCUUGACGAGGAGUGCACACUCGGGCAGGGCAACGAGCUUGACUUCCUUGAGAAGGUGCAUCAGGCGCACACAGGGAAAAAUCCCUUCUUUGAAAAGAAGAAGGUGAGCCGCGACACGUUCAUCAUUCACCACUACGCCGCAAGCGUCACAUAUGACGUGAACGGCUGGCUGGAGAAGAACCGGGACACGCUCAAGGACGGCGUGAAGCGGUUGAUGCGGAAUUCGCAGGACCCCCUCAUCCGGGAGCUCCUGGAGGCCCCGCUUCCUCCCGAGGCACGCAGCAAGCGACUGACAGUUGGCGCCUUCUUCAAGGGCCAACUCGCCGUACUCAUGGAGGUGAUUAAUGGCACCAACCCGCACUGGAUCCGCUGCAUUAAGCCGCACCCAGCAAAGAAGCCAUUGAUGUUCGACGGACUGCAGACGAUGCGGCAGCUUGAGUCCAGCGGGGUGUUGGGAACUGUAAAGAUACGCAAGGCCGGAUACCCGGUGCGGAACCUCUUUGACAAGUUUAACACGCGCUACAAGAUUAUUAUGGGCAGCAAAGCCCAGGGACGGAGUGGUCGUGAGUUGGCGCAGGCGAUUCUCGCCGCGUGCAAUGUAAACACCAAGGUCAUGGCGCAGCUCGGGAAGACGAAGGUGUUCAUGAAGGCCGAGGCUUUUCCCAUCAUGGAACGCCAGAGAAACGAGGCGCUUACAAAGUUUUGCCUUAGACUGCAAAGCUGUGGAAGGGGCUAUCUUGCGAGGGUGCAGAGCAAUCGUGAAAGCUGUGAAAAAAAGUGCCGGCGACUUGUCCUGUUGCUCACAAGCGAGUACCGUGCGUACAUGAAGCGUUCGGCCGCGUUGAGGGAGGCAAAGGCCCGCUGGCGCAAGGAGCAGCAUGCACUGCUUUGUCAACGAACUGCGGCGCUGUACGAGGAGUGCAGAGAAGAAAAGCGGCAGUUUCACCGUGAGGCGCUUCAGUCGGAGCAACGAAUGCAAUUGGCGCUAAGGAAAGACUUGGAACUCUGCAAAGCACGUGAGACGCAGACGUUGUUAGAGUGCCAGAAACUCUUUGACGCCGCGCUGCUAGCACGGAAUGAUAUCCUGCAAGAAGCCACGGUGUACAUCGGGCGGCUUCGCCGUGUGUUCCGCCAGGAGAGGCUCCUCUUCUUCACCAUCCUUAGGGAGGAUCUGGACGACGUGGAGUUUGAGCAGCGCUGCUGGAUUCGGAGCAGGGAGAGCGGGGAGCGGAACCAGCUCUGGCACGCCUUUGGGUCAUGGCACGUGCGGCGGCAGAUGUUGGUGCUCGAGAGGGAGGCGACGGCGUCGCACCGGCGCCUUGCGGCGAUGGAGUCCAUCGAACGCGACGAAGUCGAGGAGCGGCGGGCGUUGGAGCAGAGGAACCGCUCCUACAUGAAGUCCUUCCGGCGGCAGUUUCGCGAGGUGGAGGCUGUGGUGCCGCAGGCGUCCCGGCGCCGGGAGGAGCUUGAGCGGGAGCGGAGGAGGCAUGUGCUGCUACUGCAGCAGCUCAAGGCAGCGGAGGCGCGGGAGCUGCAGGGUCGCCUGUGGUCGUUGCACAUGAGCCCCAUGCACUCCGCCGCGAUGACCCACGACGCCGGGCCACUCCCGCGGCGUCCUCUGCCCUCGCCCUCGGGAGGUGUCACGCCGUCCUUGACGGCCGCGCCUCUCUUGCCGCCGCCGCGGGCCUCACACUCGAGGCCGGCGGUGCCCUCUCCCGCCGCCCCCCUGGCUGGGUCCUUUGCUACGGGCCGCCCCCUGCAGGCCCCGCCACAUGACCCUUCCCCUUCGAUGUACGAUUCUCCCUCUCCUGUGUUGUCUGUCCCUGUUCCUGGCAAGUUGGGCGGGUGGAGCACCUCCGACGAAGGAAGAACGCCCUCUCCUGCGUGGAACGGGACCGUGCACAGGUCGGUGUCGUGGCUUGCGACCGCCGCCGCACACGCCUCGCCACGCCGUCGCUACCCCCCACGGUGCUUGACACCGCCUGCACCGUGUGACUUCUUCCUUGGCGCGACACAGGGGGACAGCCGUCUCGCUACCGCCAGGGCGAGUUCUUUCGGCCCGACGCAAGAAGCCGUGUCGUCGGCACCGCGGUACAAGCGCUCCAGGCGCUGGGCGUGA